AUGUUGCCAUAUCGUGGACUCCCCACCGCCCUUCAUCCAGAGCUUUUGGAUCGACCGUGGUAUACGUCUCUGGUCUCCGCAGGCUCUUCGGUCUCCCUCAUUGUCGAUGACCACCCUACAAUCCCCCCUGACCCCUCCAGCUCGCCGAAGCAUGGCGCCCGCAGGCCCCAAACUGCGGGACAGUUGCAACCGUUGUGCCGCGUCCAAGCUCAAAUGCAGCAAGGAGAAACCGACCUGCGCUCGGUGUGCAAAGCGAGGCAUGGUCGGAAGCAGGGCAGCCGGCCCCCGGUGACCCAGGAUUUGCCAACGACGGCAUCCAGCUGGACGACCGCUAUUUGUGACCCCGAGAUAUUGGCUUCCCCGGGGGUCAUGCAGCCGUCUCCCAGAUCACCGCCCGUGGGCUACCCAGACAUCUUCUCAGGGGCUUCCUCGUUGGCCGAUCCGACGGCAUCGACUCCGUCCUCGUUGAAUUUCCACGCCGACGACUUUCCGGCCCCUCCCAUUUCGUUUUCCAUGUUAGAGUUGCCUGAUGCGGGCGGUCUGACGGACUCUUGCCAAUUUAACGAUCAGAAUCAUAUGAGCAAUUUGAGCGAUCUCGGUAGCGCGACGCCGCUUCUUGCUUCGAACAAUGUCUCUUCGUCCAUGGAAACGGCUGCAGUUCCUGGAUUUCGACCGUCCUCCUCCGCACCACCGCCAGAACGCCUGGACGGCCGCCGGUCGUCGAUGAUCAACGGGCUCCACUCGGGGCCGAUCUGCAGCCUCCUGGUCCGCGCCCUUGGCCUGCUCAAACAACUGCCCUCCCCAGCGUCGGCAUCCUGCCAUGCUUCCAAGGGACAGGGCUUGGAGAACCAUCACGGGCUCGACCGACCCCCGACCAUCCAAUCCGUAAUCGCCGACAACGAGCAGACGGUCCAGGCGAUUAGCGAUAUCCUACAAUGCCAAUGCUCCCAGGACGGAUAUCUUCUCGCCAUUCUGUCUGUUAUUAUUUUCAAAGUGUUGGGCCGGUACGCCGCUGUGGUGCGGCAGACGCCCGCUUUGGACGGCGACGGCCAGUGUUGGGACACGACUCGUUCGGAUCAUCGGGCACAGCAACACCCCGAGCAUGGACAACGGCCUCCCGCGGUGGUGGUGGUGGUGGGUGACUACAGUGCGGAUGGCGAGGAUCAAGGUCGCAUGGCCGCGCAGCAGAUCCUCAGCCAGCUCCAUCGCGUGCAGCGGUUGGUGAAUAUCCUGUCCCAACGCUUCAAACCCCACGGAGGACGCGCGGAACCCCCGAGUUCCUCCUCCUCCUCCAUCGACGGCUCGGACGUACUCUCGUACACAGAGAGCUUGUUUCCGUUUCCGGACUCGGUGCUGGAGCAGAUGGAGGUUGACCUGCGCAAGCGUCUCCGCAACUUGUCGGCGGAGAUUGUGGACAUCCUUCGCUCAGGGUGA